UGGCCGCGGCUCUCGGUGCCGGGCUCCGCGCCUUUCGGGCCACACGGCGACCUCGGGCGGCGGGUCGCGUCGGCCGGGCAUGGCGGCGUGGAGCCCGGCCGCGGCAGCGCCUCUGCUCCGCCAGAUUCGCCGGCUUUCUCUUCCCCACUGUGCCCAGCGGAUGUUUGCCUCGCAGACUGAGGGGGAGCUCAAAGUGACCCAAAUUCUUAAAAAAAACUUUCCUCGAGCUACAGCAAUCAAAGUCACUGACAUUUCAGGAGGCUGUGGGGCGAUGUAUGAGAUCCAGAUCGAGUCAGAAGAAUUUAAGGAGAAGAGGACUGUGCAGCAGCACCAGAUGGUAAAUCAGAUUCCCCCACCCUUUGCAUCUUGGUGAGAAGUGGAGCCUGCCUCCCCCAACAGAAGCUAACAAGGCCUGCUUUCCUAGCUGCCCUGCAGAUAAGGCACCGGCAUAUGGCGGGGAUUCAGCCAAUCAGACAGAUCUGCCCUGGACUUUGAAUUGGGAGCAAGUGAUGCCCAGAAGCGGGGACAGGGGUGCAUUGAUUCUGGCGACUGCGGCAGUGGUGUUCUGGGUGGCGGCAACGGCAGUCGGUGCUACGAGCUGCUGUCUCGUGUCCAUGGUGGUGGGCGCGGUGUCGGCAUCUGCACUACCAUUUGCUCUGGCCACAGAGCCUUCCAGUUCCUGCCCAUUUUCAGAAGCUGGUUCGCCAGUGUUCCCAGAAAUUCUGUGAUUGCCCCCAUAUUCUUCCCUUAAAUUCUUUUCUGCUCAUAUCAGCCUUGCCAAUGCCUGUUGCUUGCACCUGAGAGCCCCGAUGGGUUCACUGGCAGGGUGGGUCCUGCCCUCCCACCCCCACUGCCCAGCGGUACAGCUUUCUGGAGAUCCCAGGGCCACUGUUGCUCUCAGUCCUCGGAGCCCCAGUCACUGUGGCGAUGGCAGGUGGGUCAUCCAUUCCUUCCUCACACUCCUCCUUUGUCUUUCCUGGAACCGACCACCAGUGGUCACUAUUGGUCCUGUAGGGCCCUCAGACCUCCCUAAGAAAUGAGUAUGUAGGUAAAACAACCUUGGGCCGCAGAGUCUUAGAGCCACACAGAUUUUAAAUACCCUGUUCACAUACUUCAUCCCCAUUUUUUGUCUUAAAAAUAGUCUAUGUUUUCACAGUAGGGGGAAGGGAUUGGUGUUCUGCCAAGGCAGAGCUGCCGCUUACAUGGAAUAGUCACUCAGUUGUAUCAGAACUGAGAAGACGGGCUAAAACAGAACUCCUGAGGGCCCACGGCACCUCUGAAAGAGCUAAACACCCCAGAGCCCAGCUCUUAGGUGGUGUAGUGAGGAGACCCAUCAAACGAGUCCCAGAGGCCAGAAGAAGGUGGUGGUCAGAGAGAACAGAGACCACAGAAUAGAGUACAUGGUGAUUACUUGUGUGGUGCCUAAUUGUCCAGGGUGGGCUGGACAGAGUGAUCUGCUUCUAAAGAACAGAGUAAAGUGGAAGUGACAAUGUGCAGCUUCAGAGACGAGGUCGUAAAAGGCACUGUGGCUUCCUCCUUGCUCUGUCUUUUGGAUUGCUCGCUCUGAGGGAAGGUGGCCGCCAUGUUGUGAGGACACCCCAGCAGCUUGUGGAGAGCCCCAUGUGAGGAACUGAGGCCUCUUACCAGCAGCCCAUGAAACAGGCCUGCCAGCAGCCAGCUGGGAUGUGGGCCUUGUGCCAAGACAAGAGCCAUGUGAGUGGGCCAUCUUGGCAGGGCAUCCUUCCAAGUCGCAGUCAAGCCUUCAGAAAACUGUAGCGUCAGCUGACAGCUUGACUGCAACCUAACCAAAGCCACCUAGCUAAGCCACUCCCCAAUUCCUGACCAAAAGAUAAUGUUUGUUGUUUUUAAGCCAUGAAGUUUGGGGGUAAAUUUUUAUGCAGUGAUAGAUAACCAAUACUUGUACAUUGCCAGGAGGACUCGGGUCUUUCACAGAUUGAAGUAAGGGUUGAAGAGCCAAGCUGCAGAAAGGACAGGGGUACAGUUAAAUGUCAGGAACACCAGUGCCACCAGGUCUCUGCAUCUCCUGCCUGCUUCUCUCUGCAGAUCAACAUUCUUAUCUCUCACUCUGGGUUGGUUUCCACCUUAUAGCUGUGAUUAUAGUGCCAGUAUUUCUUAAUUUUUAUAUCUGAAUUGUCCAGUCCACAAAAAAAGCAGAAUUUUCCUUCCAAGAUCUGGUUCAAACUGCCAAGGAAGGCCUCUGAUCAGCCCCUCUUGAAUCAGGAGCCACCCUGGACUAAACAGCUGUCGUGUACUGCAGCCUGUCUCUGGACUCUGGUUUGGGGUGGAGGGAGGAGCAAUGCCAAGGGUUCUGUUCUCCAAAGAUGGGGCUGGAUCAAAGCAACAGGUGUUCUCGCCUGGAGGAAAAGGCCAUGUGGCCUAGCAGGCCUCCUAGGAGUCCAGGGACUCUUCCCUCUGCCUCACCCCACCCCCACCCCAGGGGACUCUUCGGGCCCAGUGAAAUGUGUCACUCCCACUACCACUUACGUCCAUCUGCACCCAAAUCUGGCAACAAGAACUUUUUAAAGUAGUCCCCCCUAGUUGUUAUUCCCCCCCUCAAAUUAAAAGGAAAGUUGGGAGAGGAAUCACAGGGUUUCUUUUUAGUUGAUUAAAAAAGAAGAAAUUGUUAUUGGCCAGAGUAUAACAUUGCAUCUGAUACAGCCAACUCCUAGCUUUUUGAUUAAGUGCUACUUGUGGAAACUGCUGAAUUAUGAUGAAAGAUGAUAGGUUUUCUGAGCUAAAUGUCUUUUUAAAAACAGUGUACAGUUUUCCAGUGGAAAAUCCAGAGUCCUGAGGUAGGUGCUUGCUGACUAGGCAAGUCAAUCUGAGGGGAACAGCCCUGUCCACAGCCCUCGCCCAGGCCCGUUUUGUUCCAUGGGUUCCUGUAGGGCCCUGUCACCCCUGACUAGAGCACCUAACUUCGCAGUCAUGGAGCAGACUGGCCUGUAACCUGGGAGGAGACCUGGGGCCACGAAGCCCCACCCAGACACUCACAGUGGCAAAGAAUCAAUAGAUCCAAUUCCCUUUCUUGGGAAUCCAAACUGGAAAGGGUGAGCAAACGACCCAGGGACAGCCAGCCCGCAGACUGACUAAUGGCUGGUGGAAAGCUCAGGGCAAACAAAUCUGGGCGUUCAAAUUGGGGAAAGAUGGACACAGUAGAUCAGGUAAGAAGUGGAAAUUGAAAAAGACCUUCUGGGAGAUGUCAUGAGUCGGAAUUAAGGGGAACUGGAGGGGGCCUCCAGAUGGCUCAGUUGGUUAGAGGGCGAGCUCUGAACAACAGCGUUGCUGGUUCGAUUCCCACAUGAGCCAGUGAGCUGCGCCCUCCACAACUAGAUUGAAGACAACGAGCUGCAGCUGAUGGGCCCUGGAGAAACACACUGUUCCCCAAUAUUACUCAAUAAAAAUUAAAAAAGAAAAAAGAAGAUGACGUGGACACUAUAACAAAGAAGGUAGAGUGAUUCUCAAUCUGGAUGUAAGUGAAAACUACUUGGGGUACUUAAAAUACCCCUACCUGAGUCCCUCCCAAGUCU